CCCGGAACAAAACUCCCGCUGAUAGUCUAUGAAAACAAACUAUCAACAUUCACUCCACAUCUCUAUUGGAUGUUUGAAAGAUUAGUGUUAUCAUAACCACACAUGAUAACACAGGUGGGUGAUUUAACCCGUUGGCUUGUGAAGUUCUAUUAUUGAUGAGAACUAAAAUUUACUGGCUAUAAGACAGAAUGAAUCAGAUGAUGGGCUGUCCAAACAAUAGAAUGAGAGUGAUCAUGUUGGGGGACUAUGGCGUAGGGAAGACAUGUUUAAUGAAUCGCUAUUUGUUUGACCAAUUUGACCUCUAUUAUCGAAAAUUCUACGUAGAAUUCGGAAAUAGGACAGUUGACGUCUUCGGGGUAAAGGUGAAGCUUCAGAUUUGGGAUACGUUUGACCAAGAGCGCUUAGGCUGGGAGCUCUUCACCGCGAUAACAAAGAGUUAUUACAGAGAUGUUGCUGGUAUUGUUAUGGUUUUUGACCUGACCAAAAAGUCCAGCUUCGACAACAUCCAAUAUUGGUUGCAACAGGUCCACGAACAUGCUGGAGAAAAUGUUGACAUUGUACUGGUCGGCAACAAGGUUGACCUGGCCGAGAGCCGAGCCAUAGACCACGAGACGGCCUCCUCCCUGGCCCAGACCAUUGGGGCCAUGUAUGUUGAGUGUAGCGCUAAAACAGGGGCCAACGUCAACCUGGUGUUCACAUCCCUGGCCAGCAAGUUGGUCAAUCGUGUGCCUGUCCAACAGGAAGAGCCGGUACGUUUACAAUCAGGGACACUGGAUGAGGUUCCUUGCUAUGGCAAAGAUACAUGUUCGUUAUUCUGAAUCACAAAGAUACAGCAGAUAAAAAAGUUUAGAAGAAUCAGAGACAUUUUACUAGGCUCCUUGCUUUGGGAAAGAUACAUGUUCGAGAUUCAAAGUCACAAAGAUAGCGCAGUACGAACACUUGAAUCAAAAUCAAAACUGAGUAAAAACCGGGACAUUCAUAAUUUAUAAUUAUCAAAAUAUAAAUAAUUCACCGAGAUAUGUGGGAGACUUAUAUUCACUUGUUUGUACUUAAAAUCAUCUAAAUCAU